GCAGCGGUCAUGUGUCACUGUGGUGGAUCAUAAUUGGAUGGAGCAGGUGGCAGAGAGCGCUGGGGGGCUGGGCAGUAUGGUACCGGAGCGGAAGGGGAUCUGUGAGAAAAACAACACUGUGGGAAAUAGUAAUUCAGACCCUCCUUUCCCUAAUCCCGGAAUGUACCAGCUGGAUGUGACAUUAAAACGAGGAAGCAACCUAGCAGCGCGUGACCGAGGAGGGACAAGUGACCCAUAUGUCAAGUUUAAAAUUGGAGGAAAAGAGGUUUUUCGAAGCAAGACAAUACACAAGAACCUUAACCCUGUUUGGGAAGACAAAGUUUCCUUGCUAAUUGAAAAUCUUAAAGAAUCUUUGUAUGUCAAGGUAUUUGAUUAUGACUUUGGAUUUCAAGAUGACUUUAUGGGGUCAGCAUUUCUUGACCUUACAACAUUGGAACUACAUAGCGCUAAAGAUAUUGCAUUAAAUUUAAAGGAUCCACAGCACCCCGAACAUGUUUUGGGAACUAUAUAUUUAUACGUCGUUCUUUCUCAGAAGGACAAUGGCUGCAUGGAUAUGCCUUUAUCUAUCAAGUCAUCUGAGGCGAACACGAUUACAAAGAAGAAUUGGAAAAGAUCAAGUAAGUUUCAGACACAAAGUUUACGAAUUUCAGACUCACAUCGAAAAUCGCACUUCUGGAGAGGAGUAGUAAGCAUCACCCUCAUUGAGGGACAGGAUCUGAAAGCCAUGGAUGCAAAUGGACUUAGUGACCCUUAUGUGAAAUUUCGGCUAGGACAUCAGAAAUAUAAGAGCAAGACUCUUCCAAAGACCCUGAAUCCUCAGUGGAGGGAGCAGUUUAACAUGAAUCUUUUUGAAGAGCAAGGAGGAAUAAUUGACAUCACAGUAUGGGACAAGGAUGCGGGCAAGAGAGAUGAUUUUAUUGGAAGGUGCCAGGUUGACCUGUCGGCUUUAAGCAAAGAACAAACUCACAAACUGAAGCUGAAUUUGGAAGAAGGGGAAGGUUGUCUGGUUCUUCUAGUGACUCUGACAGCUUCAGCUGCCAUCAGUAUCUCCGACCUCUCUGUCAACUGCUUGGAGGAUCAAAAAGAGCGUAAGGAAAUUCUGCGGAGAUACAGUCUUAUGAGGUCCUUCAGCAAUUUUAAUGAUGUGGGUUUUCUUCAAGUGAAAGUUAUAAGAGCAGAGGGAUUGAUGGCAGCUGAUGUCACAGGUAAAAGUGACCCAUUUUGUGUAGUGGAGUUGAACAAUGACCGUCUGAUGACACACACCGUUUACAAGAACCUAAACCCAGAGUGGAAAAAAGUGUUUACCUUCAAUGUCAAUGACGUCCACUCCGUCCUUGAAGUGACAGUCUAUGAUGAAGAUCGAGACCGAAGUGCCGACUUUCUGGGCAAAGUUGCUAUCCCCUUGCUGUCCAUUCAAAAUGGUGAACAGAAAGCCUACGUCUUGAAAAACAAGCAGCUGACAGGGCCAACAAAGGGGGUCAUCUAUCUUGAAAUAGAUGUGAUUUUUAAUGCCGUAAAAGCCAGCCUGGCUACCCUCGUACCAAAAGAGCAGAAAUACAUGGAGGAAGAACCUCGACUUUCUAAGCAGUUACUGCUGAGGAACUUCAUCCGCAUGAAGCGUUGUGUCAUGGUGCUCAUCAAUGCAGCCUACUACAUUAACAGUUGCUUUGAUUGGGACUCACCCCAAAGGAGUCUUGCUGCUUUCUUGAUCUUCCUCCUUGUGGUCUGGAAUUUUGAGAUGUACAUGAUCCCAUUGGCAUUGUUGCUGUUAUUGGCUUGGAACUAUUUCUUGAUUGUAUCAGGAAAAGAUAACAGGACACAGGAUAUGGUAAUGGAAGACAUGCUAGAGGACGAGGAAGAGGAGGAUGACAAAGAUGACAAGGAUGGUGAGAAGAAAGGUUUCAUGAAUAAACUCUAUGCCAUCCAGGAGGUCUGCGUCAGUGUUCAAGGUGUUCUUGAUGAAGUGGCUUCCAUUGGUGAAAGAAUAAAGAACACAUUCAACUGGACGGUUCCAUUCUUAACCUGGCUGGCAAUUAUCGCCCUUUGUCUGCUUACGGCAGUGCUGUAUUUCAUCCCGCUCAGAUACAUCGUCCUUCUGUGGGGUAUAAAUAAGUUUACAAAGAAAAUUCGCAGUCCUUACAUGAUUGACAAUAAUGAGCUUCUUGACUUCCUCUCCAGAGUUCCUUCUGAUGUGCAGCUGGUGCAAUAUCGUGAACUAAAACCAGACCUCAGUCACAGCCCCAGCAAAAGGAAGAAAAAUAAUCUUGGUUAGCGAAUGUUCCGCAUGGAGAAGAAAGGCAUCUGCUCGAUGCAGAAAAAGGGAAGCCCUACGGCCUCACACGCAUCCUCAUUGUUUAUGUUACCUUAUAUUGUAUUUUUAUCAUGAUUGAGACAAUUUGUAUAUAUUGUAUAAAGGCAGAUACCAUUGUACUAUACUAAUUUGAUAUAAACUUGGGAGUCCAUGUCUAUCUGUGUGAAUGCUCAGCAUUCAGAUUAGUGUAGAUAUUGUCUUCUGUAAGUACAUGGCUGAGAUAGGCAAUUAAAGGCUGCACACUAUAUGCAUAUGCUUUAGCCCAAAAAAAAGCUAUAUUUAUUAUACACAGCUAUUCUUUGGAUUUUUAAAGAAUAAUAUGCACUUUUGGAUUCAGUGCCUAGCGGUUCCCCCGGGUUUGGGUGUCUAAGCUCAGGCCUGUGAGAGCUAAUAUAAUAUUUAAAGCUAUGGUGUGAUACAUUCUGUAACUUGUCCCUCAAGCUCCUCUGUUCUUUAGGACCAUCACACAUACAACCACCCAGCUCAAGUCAUGAAACCAAAAGAGGAGGGAAAUAGUUUAUUUGCACAGAAAAAAUGUACUUGUGAAAUGCUGAAUUCCUUAUGAUAAAUUAGAGAACAAAUGAAAAUAUCAGUCGCUGAGCCAAUUCUGGGUGAACCCUUAAAUUGUAGGCUCUUCUUUGAAGGCCAUUAAUUAAUUAUAUCAUCUACAUAAACAUUGCAAAUCAAUUAAUUUGUUACCAUUCACAGCUGCAAUUAGACAUCUGCAGACUCUGAGUUCAUCUACUCUAGCAACCCCUGCUGCUUCAGUGCUUGUACGAAGUUUAUUCUAAUAAUUAAAGGGUUUUUCCGGGAUUUGAUUUUAAUAUUUAUGUCCGAUCCUCAGGAUAGGUCAACAUCGGUUGAUCGGCUGUGUGAC